AUGCAGCUCGUGCAGUUCCAUCUGGCGAUAUAUCGAGUGGACGAUGUUCUGCUUCCCGCGGCUAUCUUCGACCCCAAGGAGAAAUCCCCUGCAGCAGCGGCUCCAGCUGCGGCGAAGAAGGUGAAGGCGGGUGAUGAGUCAGACGAUGAGGGUGAGGAUGGGGAUGGGGUUAGCAAAAAUAUCUCGCGGGGAGUAAUUGUGGGUUUUGGUUCUUUGUCACUUGGAAUUUGUAUUGUUCUGGCGCAAAUUGCUCUUUUUUUGUGA